GAACCUGAACUGGUGAUUGGAGAUCAGACGCCAGUGUUACCCCUCACAACACACACUUCCACUGGGCUGAGGGAGUCAUAAUGGCUGGUCUCUGUUCAGUCUGGAUGGAAGUGAUGGGGAUGCUGCUGCUCUUUUGUCUGGCUGCCGUGGACUGCAUGAAGGAAAGUGUCCCCAGGGUCAAACUCGGCUAUAAAGAGCUGGUUCGCUCUGGCAGUUUGGUGUCAUUUGUGGGCUCAAACGAGGGAACACAAUUUCAGACAUUCCUGUUAGAUGAGGAGAAGAGCAGACUCCUUCUAGGGGCAAAAGAUCACAUUUACCUACUGGACCCAGACAACAUCAAUAAGAACCCCAGAAAGCUUAGCUGGCCAGCUCCGAAAGACAGGGUGGAUACGUGCAUCCUAGCUGGAAAAAACCCUGUGACCGAAUGUGCCAAUUUCAUUCGAGUUCUGCAUAACUAUAACCGUACCCAUAUCUACGCAUGCGGCACUGGAGCCUUUCAUCCUACCUGUGCGUUCCUGGAGGUCAGAGGCCACAAAGAGGUAAAGGGCAACGGGCUUCACUUGAUCAGCAGCAGUAUUGAGUCAGGCAGGCUGAAAUGCCCUUUUGACCCCCACCAGCCUUUUGCGUCAGUGCUCACCGAUCAGCAUUUGUACGCUGGAACGGUGUCAGAUUUCCUGGGAAAGGACAGCACAUUUAGCCGCUCCCUGGGUCCUCCUCCAGACCAGCACUACAUUCGUACGGACAUAUCAGAGGACUACUGGAUCAACGAGGCCAAGUUUAUAGCUGCUCAUUCCGUUGCUGACACGUACAACCCUGAUGAUGACAAGAUUUACUUUUUCUUCCGUGAGGCAUCCCGGGACGGAAGCACCAUGGACAAAGGCGUGUUGUCACGUGUAGCUCGUGUCUGCAAGAAUGAUGUAGGAGGUUUGAGAAGUCUGACCAACAAGUGGACGACAUUCCUCAAGGCCCGGCUAGUGUGCUCCAUUCCAGGAACAGAUGGAGUGGAUACGCACUUUAAUGAGCUUCAGGACAUCUUCAUGGUUCCCACCAGAGAUGAGAGAAAUCCCAAGGUGUAUGGAGUCUUCACCACUACUAGCUCUAUCUUUAAAGGCUCAGCAGUGUGUGUGUAUAAUUUGGAGGACAUUCGCGCUGUAUUCAAUGGACCUUUUGCUCAUAAGGAAGGACCGGAUCAUCGCUGGGUGGAAUACGAGGGAAAGAUCCCCUACCCGAGACCAGGAACGUGCCCGAGUCAAACGUAUGACCCUCACAUAAGGACCACGAAAGACUUCCCUGAUGAUGUCAUUAGGUUCAUCCGUUAUCACCCGCUCAUGUACCACUCCGUGUACCCGAUCACGGGUCGGCCCAUCUUCACCAGGGUUAACACCGAGUACCGGCUCACACAGAUUGCCGUAGAUCGUGUUUCUGCUGAGGAUGGUCACUACGCUGUCAUGUUUCUGGGCACAGAUGUUGGGUCAAUUUUAAAAGUGGUCAGUAUCACCCAGGAAAACUGGGUUGCAGAAGAGGUGAUCCUAGAGGAAUUACAAGUUUUUAAGAUUCCCUCGCCCAUCCUGAGUAUGGAAAUCUCCUCUAAACAACAGCAGCUGUUUGUCGGAGGCCGAGACGGACUGGUGCUUGUGGCCCUGCACAGGUGUCACAUUUAUGGGCAGGGCUGUGCGGAGUGCUGCUUGGCCCGAGACCCUUACUGUGCCUGGGAUGGCUCUCACUGUUCCAGAUAUGUACCUACAUCCAAGAGGAGGGCGAGGAGACAAGAUGUCAGACAUGGAGACCCAUCUAGCCAUUGCUGGGACACAGAUGAUGUUUCGGGUAAGGACGUCGAGGAGAAGGUGCUCUAUGGUGUGGAGAGUAACUCGACUUUCCUGGAGUGCAUCCCCAAAUCCCAGCAGACCGAGAUCCGCUGGUUUAUACAAAGACCAGGAGCAGACCAUCGCCAGGAGAUCAAACCAGACGAGCGGGUGUUGGUAACAGAGCGGGGCUUGCUGAUCCGCUGGCUGCAGCGCGGCGAUGCAGGCCUUUAUGUGUGCACAGCACAGGAGCACAGCUUCACCCAUGCACUCCUCCACGUCUCUCUCAGAGUCCUAGAGCGUGGGCACAUUCCUGGGCACCACCCAGUCGCUAGAGGACCCCCAGAUCACCCCACGGACCUGACGGACGUGAUGUCCGAGUCUCGGCACAGCUAUAAGGAUUACAUGCGUGCACUGAGUGUGCCCUCUCUGGAGGAGUACUGCGAGGCAUUGUGGCACAAAGAGAAGAAGCAGAAGCAGAAAGCCAAGUGGAAACACAUGCAGGAGCUGCGGAAGAACAGGAACCGACGGCACCACCAAGGGGCGGCCAUCUGAGUCGACGGCACUCCGGGAAAGAGUGCAGAGAUGCUUAUGCCCCAAAUUAAAGCUGUUUCAGCUAUAUAAAGUGUUAAAACAUUUUUCUAAAACCACCACUCUAGAUUUUAGAGUGCAGAAACUUGGACCUUUCAGAAAGACACAAAUAAACACAAAACCAGCUGUAAAUGAGUGGCACUGGGACCACAUGGAGACUAAAGCCUGCUAUAAGGCCUCAUUUGAUGCCCACCUUCAGGGACUGGUUAGUUAAGACAAUGAUCAAGUAAUAUAUACCACUUAUAUAUACCACUGUUAACUCUGUAACUAGUUUAAUCUGCUUUAAAUGUUCUGUAUUUGUGUCUGUGAUUUAUUUGAACAAACUUAAUAUUCCCACAACAUGGUAAAUUGGUGUUUGAUUAUUAUACGAUGCUUUUUGCAGUUUUAUUAGGGAUGCAAAUUUUGCUGGUUUCUUUUAACCCUUAACCAACCAUCAUUACUUGAUGGUUAACCGAUGACUGAACAGUUUGAUGCAAGUGCUAACUAAACACUCACUCACUCUCACUCCAAGUAGGGUCACAUUCUCCUACAGGGCAAUUCAGUGUCUCCAAUUAACCUGACUGCAUGUUUUGGACUGUGGGAUGAAAUCGGAGACACGGGGGGAACAUGCGAACUCCACACAGAAAGGACCCGGACCGCCCCGCCUGGGGAUCGAACCCAGUACCUUCUUGCUGUGAGGCGACAUUAUGCUACCCACCGAGCCACCGUGCCGCCCCUAACUAAACAUGCUAAUCAAAAUGAAUAAAAAUACAGUCCAUAAAUUAAAGCUUUUCUGAUAGCAUGUGUUACUAUAAGAUGAUAAGCAGAGUUUUAGCUUUAUACUGGAGCACGAUGCAAAUUAUCCACUUCAUUUAAAUACAAAUUUUACACACAGAUCCACAUGUGUACAGUUUAACAUGCCGUCAGAAUCCAUAGUGACACAAAACAGCUUCAGUUUCACUGUUUAUAAUAUUAGAUUAUAUAAAUGCCUUAAAAAAAGUUCAUAGUAAAACGGCAAAUCUGGAUACACACUCCAAACAAUGACUUUUUCUCUCAGUUAUCGGUUAACCAGUUUAUUUUACUCAUAUAUUGUUAUCACUACACCUUUUACCAACAUUAGUUUUUGACAAGAGAAAGACCAGGUCCUGUGAUUCACGUAUUUUUGGUAAAUAAACAGUAACGGGGAAAAAUGUCAUUAGAAAAAAAUCCACUGCUUCUCUGUUCACAGUAUUUCAAUUGUAAACCAGUUACAGAAAUACAUUCAUGUUGAAUGAUUGUAAAUAUAUAUUUUGUACAGAUGUGCAUGCAAUAGUUCUGUUAAAAUUAUAAUUAAACAUCAUAAGUUAGGUAGGAAAAAUAUCUUUCUGUAUGUUGCAUUUUGUAGCUAGUUUGUUUAUUUGAUAUAAAGUUAUUUAUAAUUACAACAGAGUUGAAAUAAACUCUUCUAAAUGUCUGAUGGUCCAGAAGUUUCUACUAAAUCCAUUCUCAUAUCCACUUACUAUCUGUGUGAUGUUUGUUGGUUCUUGCUUUGUCCAUAUUGGUACUCUUUCCUACCCUAUCUUGAACAAAAAAUGUAGGUGUGUGUAGAUGAAUGAAAUCCUUGAUCCUGUGUUUCGGAGAUGGAUUUCAGUCCUUUUGUGAACCUGGGCAGGAUUAAGCGCUUAAUACAUCUUUGUGUAGUAAAUUUUCUGUAUUUUACUGUAUGUAGUUAGGUAGUUUCUUAUGCAAAAGAAAUAUUACUUAGACCCACCAGGACCCUGACCAGGAUAAAGUGAUGUUAAAUCAUGAAAAUGAAAUCAAAUAAAUUGAAAUAAAUAAACUUUUCUCUUGUA